AUGUGGGGGAUGGAAAAGAAGACAACGAGAAGAGAGAAAAAACAAACACUUUAUGAUGAAAUUAUUCCAACAAGAUUGUUUCUUCCUUUACUAAGCAUUCAACAGUUUCUUCUUCAAGGUUGUUUUGAUCGGCUUCCAGAUUGUCGGUGUCAAUUUCUGAAAGAAUUAAAAUUGAAUUAG